AUGGCCACCGUUUCUCGUCCCUGCCUUCCUCAAGAACUAGUGGACACCGUUAUCAACUGGCUGAGCGACGACGUCGAAUCCCUUCGAGCCUCAUCCCUCGUCUCCCGCCGCUUCGUCGCCCUUAGCCAAAAACAUCUCUUCUCCACAAUUGCACUACGCUCUGAGCCUCAAUGCAGGCUCUAUCUACCUUUUAUAGCCCAAGAAGCUCCAACCCAAUCCCCAACUUCGAGGAUCAUCGCCAAAUUCACUGACCUGCUCGAAUCAUCGCCACACCUCGCCUCGUACGUGCACAGUCUCGUACUCUCCGACGACCUAUCCGAAACGGGGCAUACCCUCAACCCAGUAUCUACUUGGCUAUCUAUUGGCACCUCACAAUGUCUGGUGGCCAUCCUACCACGGCUUCGGAAACUCCAAACGUUCCAUAUCCAAGGGGUGUGGCAGUAUUCUACGGCGUGGAGCCAUUUCAACGCGCACUUACGAAAUGCCAUGAUGAAUAUGUUUCGGUUGAAGUCGUUGAGCUCCCUCAGCAUACAUUGGAUUCAUAAUUUCCCGCUUGCUAUGCUUCGCUCUUGCUCUCAGCUAAAGCACCUGGACUUGAGGUUGCCCAGCGUGAGUGAUGACCUUGACGGCGAACGCGAAAGCCAGGAAUUUCUGAGAACAGCUCUGGAAAAUACUACAGAUGACGCUGGGCAACCUCGUCCUCAACUCGAAUCACUUACGCUGAGUUGCUCUCUCUUCGUCUUGGAUUGGUUUAUCCGCCACGCAGACUCCAUUUUUGAUCUGACGCAUAUUCGUAAUCUUGCGUUUCCUGGACCAAGCAAAGGUGACGUUCUGUGCAAGUACAUCUGGAGUAUCAUCCAGACGUGUUCAGGCUCAUUAGAGCACCUGGCGUUGUGGCCGUCUAACUCUGUUAACACUUCAGUAUCAAUGUCCGCCGUGCUGGAGAAAAUGGAUCUCACUAUCUGCACAAAUUUGCACUCUUUCGACAUAUUUCUCAAUUUUGACGAUGACAUCGAGUGUAUGGGACCUCGCCUCAACACACCAGCCAAGACCAUCGACUGGAUGUGCGAGAUUCUAGGGAAAAUCCCGCAUUUGCGUGGGAUUGGAAAAGUUGCAUUGAGGUGCUAUACCCACCAUUACGAAGGAGCCGACGGCCUACUUCUCCGAGACUUAUCCUCGUUGAGCAAAGUUGAUGAUUUUCUUUCAGAAUACCCGGAGGCCUUAGAGCGGGUGUGUUUAUUGGUGGCGAAUAGCAGGUUGCCUGUUCCUGAGGUGCUGGAGACUAUGGAAGGUUAUCUUCCGCGCCUUUGUGCGAAGGGUAUUGUGAGUUCGGAGCUGGUCGAUGGUGGACCCAAGGGGUUGAAGACAAUUGAAGAGAGGUGUGAUACGGUGCACACUGUAGCUCUUGGUAGUCUUAGGGUUCUACCGCGAAGGAGUCGUGACUUCCUCGACUCAGCUAUCGGCGUGGCGUUAAUCUUGAAUCUUGGCGUUCUCUCCGUUCAAAAUGACCAGAGUUGGGACUCCGAGGCUGGAAAAUGCACUGAUCAUUCUGCUUCCUCGCCACGCACCUCCGGUAUUUAA